AUGUCCGCCGCUGGGCGCAAAAAGUCCGUCAUUUCCGCAAGCACGCCCACCAUCGAGAUGCCCGUCGCCAACAACACCCUCCUCAAUAAGGCGGCGUCGCAAUCAACCUCCCUCUAUCAGCAAUGCUCCGCCCUCCGCACUCGCUUGAUGCAUGUCCGUGACUUUGCUGCAUGGUUCACUAUCUCGUCCCCGCCCGACUCUUCGCGGCGUUCUACGGAUCCCGUAACACAGCUUUGGGACUGCUUCGUACUGGGGUUCCCGCUCUGCUACCUCUUUAACCUCCUGCCCGACACCGUCAAGCGCAUUGACGUCGAUGCCGAACCUUCGUCUUUCUCCGACACGGAGAAGGCCAAGAAACGCGCCGUUCUGCUCUUCGCCAUGAGGAUUCCGGAGAUUGAGGGCUGUGAGGGCUUCACUGUCUCAGAAUUUGUAGACCGUAACUCCACCGAUGGCUUGGUCAAGGUUGUGAAUAACGUCAUUAAACUCGUGCGAGUGCUGCCCGAGGAUGUAUUCAUCGAGCCUAAGCCAUCUUCGCCUUCCCUUGCGUCUGCUCAGCAGUCAACAGACUCGCUUACAAGCGACAGCGUCGCGACGUCGGCGGAGACGAGUGAGGGCGGUGCUCGUUUCAAUAACAUUGUCCGGGAACUCGUGGAGACUGAGAGGAAAUACGUGCAAGACUUGGAGGUCAUGCAGAGAUACUCUCAAGCCGCGACUCAGAUGAACGCGCUUGAUCGCGAAACGAUUCAUCUCCUGUUCCCAGGUCUGAAGGACCUCCUCAAUUUCCAGAGGAAGUUCUUGAUCAAAUUGGAGAGCAUGGCGGAGCAGUCAUGGGGCGACCAGAGCUGGGGCACGCCCUUCAUGGAGAACGAAGAAGCCCUCGCUGUUGCAUAUCGAACCUAUUGCGCUAAUUACACGACGGCGUCCGACAUCCUACUACAAGAAAUGCCAAACCUGAACGCGCUCGAUACUGUACUCGCUAAGUCGGAUCUUCCGGCUUUCCUAAUUAAGCCAGUACAGAGAAUAUGCAAGUAUCCCCUACUAUUGGAGUCCUUGCAAAAAGCGGUCAAGGGUACAGAGUACCCGUAUUACGAAGAGCUCGUUGAGGGUGUCGCAUCCGCCAAGCGCGUUACCGACAGGAUCAACGAGGCGCAGCGUCAGGCCGAGAACGAGGCGACUGUUGAGGCGCUCAAACUCCGGGUCGACGACUGGAAGGGGCACGAAUUGCCCAAUUUCGGAAACCUGCUUCUCGAUGACAUCUUCACAGUCACCAAGUCUGCCGUGGACCGCGAGUACCAUGUCUUCUUGUUCGAGAAGAUCAUUCUGUGCUGUAAGGAGUACCUCGCUGCGCCGCAGAAUGGCCGAAAGGUCGGCAAGAGCAACUCGAUCCUCAAGAAGCCUCCCGUUUCCCCCAUCUCGCCGCUUCCUGGAGCCGGAACCUCCAAGAAGCGAACCACACCCCUCCUACUCAAAGGUCGUAUCUUUCUCAACAAUGUCACAAAAGUGGAACCCGAGAUUUCCGCAGGACAAUACUCUCUGGCGGUGUUCUGGCGUGGUGAUGAUGACCUCGAGUACUUCACUCUGCGCUGCCGCAACGAGGAGCAGCUUCGGAUGUGGGAGAACCAGCUUAACAGAUUGAUUCAAGAGGUUGCUAGCCGCCGUGCUUCGGGACGAGCUCACCAGAGGGUGGCUCACCUCACGCAGGCCGCGAACAUGACUAGCGGCAGAGCCCCUUCAUACGAGCAAGAUCGGGCAUACUCCACGUUCUCUCAGUCAAGCGCUUACGGUGCCACAUCUCCGUACCACUCAGGUCCUGUGCCGGGACGUAUGUCAAGACAUCCGUACGCUGCCGCCGGCGAAGACCCGGCGAUGGUGGCUGGCCCUGCCUAUGCCAACGGGUUCGGUAACGGGCCUCAAGGCUAUCCGCCUCCCGACGGGUUCGAUCUUGACCCCGACGACGAGUACGAGGAGUAUCCUCCGACGUCACGGCCGCCGUCAGGGCGGGGAACGCCAUUGGGGGCGCGCCGACCAGAGCUCAGCGGCUUCUCUUCUGCGGGCAGCGUUCGAAGCAGCACCCAUACACCGGCGUCUGCCGGUGCCUACCCCUCUCCAUACGGUACCGGGAGACCGUCGAUGUCACGCAAUCCGUCGAGCUACAUGCAAGAGAGCAUGCCUGAAUCGGGUCUCCCCAGAGCCAGCCUGCGCAACCAAUACAGCGCGACGAAGCUCAAGUCGGCGUACGACAAAGCGGAGACGCGCUCGAAUCCGAGCCCGCGCGUCAGCGGAACGGGCUCAGUGCCUAUGCGAUCGCGCAGUGCCAGUCAACCGUCAGCCUACGUACCACCCCAGAACAUGCCGCCGCCUCCCUUGCCGACAUCUGUCCCAUGGGGCCACAGACCAGGGCAGAACAAGCGCGGCAGUGGCUCGAGUCAGUCCACUGGCGACAGCUCGGACUACUCGCCGCACAGCAGUGGCUCUCCCAUUACCCCCUUCGGGUCCAGCGAUUCGUCAUUGACAGGUGUGUCCAGUACGCGUACGUCACACUCGCAGCACAGUGACCAGGUUGUCACGUCCGCUGCUUCAGCAUUGUCAGCGCCGGUGAAGGUGAAGGUGCAUUUCCACGAGGACAUCUUCGUCAUCCAGGUGCCGCGCUCAACGGAGUACGACGAACUCGUCGAACGGGUCGGGAAGAAAAUCAGGCUAUGCGGCCCACGGAGGGACGAUGGUCCGCUGCGCGUGAAGUACAAGGACGAGGACGGCGACUUGGUGUCUCUUGGAUCCACGGAGGACGUGCAAAUGGCCUUCGAGUCCUUCCGGCCUGGGAACCAAGUAACACUCUACGUCCAAUGA